AUGAUUACAGUUCUUUCAGAUUAUACAGUAAUUGUCCAGACGGCUAAUAAAUUGGGGGCUGGAACGGAUGCUACGGUAAAAAUCAAAGUGGAAGGUACGAAGGGAAUCGCAGAACGGAAUCUAGAAGGCAGCUUUGAACAAGGAGAGUAAGGAAAAUGUUUUCUGUAAUUUCCACGCUACCGAUUUUAAUUAGCAUUCUAUAUUCUAGCUACGGCUACGGGAGCGUCAAGAGAGCAAAAGAUAAAAAGUCUGGAUGGUCAUCACACUUUUUGAUUCUUUUUGUGCGGUCCUUUGCACGUGAAAAUCCUCUUUCCAAGUGUUACUAGAUUACUAGGAUCUGAUUUAACACACACAAAAAUAAUUUUCUUUCAGUCUCCUCUAUAAACUUGGGUGCGUUCCGUUAGAAUUCAACAACAAAAAACUCACCUAAGACUUGACAGACGCAAGUAGGACUAAUCGCUACGACAUAUGCAGUUUGUUUUAUUCGAUAGAUGAUGAUGAUGAUGAUUAAAAAUUCUGUAUACUGAGGAGGUUUAAUUUUCAGUUCAAUUUGUUACUCAGUUCUCACUUCUUUAUUGUUAGAGUUGCAUUGUCUAUAAUUUUUCAUCUAACGUAUUUUAAUACAUUAAAAGCAUAAGAUGCUGUAGGAAAACUUUUGCAGAUUGCAGAUUCACUUUACCUACAAGCAGUGUUACUAAAGAGUAUCAAUAGGCCCUCGAAAGGAGAGAACUUUACAGUAAAUUAAAGCUGGAGGAGUUGCUUCUUAUAGCUGAAAAAUAAUAGCAAGAAGUAUGGCAAUUAGCUGAUUCUGAAUAUCCGGGACUGACACAGAGAAAACAAAUAAGGGAAACAAGGAACCUUGUUUGUUUCUUCAGAAAAAAAAGUAAGGAAGUUAUUUUCCUGUCUGUUAAAAAUUGAUCGGUUCACACUUCUAAAAAAAGUGUACAAUAAAAUCUUGAGAUAUUACAAUCCAGUCUGUUCAAAUUACCGAAGAUUGAGAAUUGUAAGGCUUUUGUUCCCAAAUAGGAAAUUUUUAUAAACUGGCCAAGGAUUAUCAUCAUUAGGUUUUCAUUUAGGCGUCUGUACUAUGUAAAAUGAAAUUAUCUCGGAGGGUGUUAUUCGUCCCGAACCCAUCCCAUCUACUCACAAGUUCUUCAUAUCAUGCUCAGCCUUCAUCCAGUUAUUGUAGCCCACUCACAGUCCCUCUAUUUUCUCCUCAGAGAUCGUCGAGCACGCGUAUGAAAAUAGAAAUCGAGGGGAUUUAUUAACUGCUUUAGUGCAAGGGGGUCGUUCUUCCUCUCCACGCUCGCUCUCGCGCGCUCGUUUCGCUCGCGUGUUAGUAGCUUUUCGAAAAGAAAAAGAAAACAACAUCUGUGUACAGGCUACAGUAAUUGUCAAUUAUUGUUUCACUGAGAAACUAACACUUCAGUACUUUUCUGUACGAUUUCUUUACAUAUGAAUGAUGUGUACAGUCAUGUUUCACAACAAACAUCAACCUCGUUACCCGGGAGUGGGGGCGGGGGGGAGUCUAAUGGGGAUAUGCCGCUGGAUGUAGAAGCAUAUUGACAACUGGAGUGACCAAAAUGGGCCGAAAAUUUCGAAUUUUGUGGGUAAGUAGGGAUUCAAAAUGGGAAGAUUCUCGGUUAAAAAAAUCAGAAACUUGAAGUUGUUGUCUAGUAAAUUUGUAUAGGUAAUAGCAUAAUUUGUAGUGAUAUUUGGCAUAAAUACCACGAGUGAUAUUUCAAAAUUGUUAUACGGAAUUUCACGAGCCGUUAGGCGAGUGAAAUUUGAGACAAUUUUGAAAUAUCACUAGUGGUGUUUAUGCCAAAUAUCACGUACAAAUCAUGCUAUUAAUUGUUUAUAUUACUACUCUUAGAAGGUUUGUAAUUUUCACAUGUAGGUAUUUCAAAUUAAGCUGAAAUACCACUGCUCCAAGCCAAUCAAAUUGCAGAAAUUUCUCCUGUAGUAGUAUAAAACAAUAAACUCGCAUUGACCGCAUUACAUUCCGUUCUUGCAAUGGCAUUGAUGUGGUAGGUUAACAGAAAGUGACUAAGUUGGGAUCGCGAAAAUUACAUGUUCCAAAAAGUGACUAAGAUGGGGUCUAUAAUUGGCCAAAAAAUAGACUUUAAUGGGGUAGGGGCUCUCAGAGGCCAGAGGCACAUACCCAGCAAACAUUAACCCAAGUACUCCCCCUCCCGGGCCUCGUUAUCGGCGCUAUUUGCCUUUUCUAGCCGUGAAAAAAAAGCCCUCAGGAAUGGUACUGAGAAAAAUAUCUGAAACACACUGUUGAUCAAUCUUGAUGUUCUAAUUACUAACACUACAUUUUUUUUCCCUUUUCGCUGUAAUUAUUAAUAUUUUAACAGUUAUGAAACAUUCCAUUUCUCUGACUGGGACAUUGGGUAUGUUAAAGGUCUGGAGAUUUAUCGUGGCAACGAGGGGGCUUUUCCUGGCUGGGAUUUGGAAUACGUAAGUGCACUCGUUUAAUAACGAAUUGAUUUUUUCAGUCCCUCAAUAACUUGCAUCGCCAUCAUGUUUUUUGGAUAAAAAAGCCAAAAUAAAUUAUAGAUGGCAUUGUACGAAUUAAAAUCCAUGAGCGCUUACCAUUUGUAUGGAGGGGGGCGUAAGGGGGGUACGAAUACCGCAAUACCGCAUCAAAAUUUAGCCAAUUACCGAAACCGCAGUUACAAAUGGGAAAAAGUUGACAUUGUCAAUACUACAAAUCCUCCUUUCAAAUAGAAAUAAUACUUUUAUGUCAGUGUUUCCAAAUCAUGGUGCGUCGAUGUCAAGCGUACGAUAAACAUAAAAUCAUCGCACUGGUUUUACUUUAUAUAUUCCUGACCUGGAUCAUAAACGGACGGAUGACAGUUGACUCUUAUGAGGUUGUUUCAGAUUCACAGUUGACACACAGUCGGUUCUGUGUUGAGGGUUUCAAAAUGUCGACCCUGGCUGCCUUUUGGAUUCGAAGGGCACAUAGCACCCGGGGGGGGGGGUACUCCCUUGCAAGAGGCUAAAAGGGAUGUGCCGCUUGAUAGGGUCGCAUUUUCACGACUGGAGUGACUAUAAUAGGGUCGCAUUUUCAAUAGAUUUACUUAAUGGGGUCGCAAAUUUUCGGAUUUUUGGGAUAGGUAGGGAUUCAAAUGGGAAGAUUCUCGGUUAAAAAAUCAGGAAGUGGUUGUUUAUUAAAUUCAACAAUAAGCUCGCAUUGACCGCAUUACAUUCCGCCGCUUGAAGCUAAAUAAUGAAGGCAGGCGCGGGUGAGGAGAUUGGUGCGGGAGCUGCUUCGCCGCUCACAGUCGUGCUGCGACAAAACCAUGUAAAACUCCCAUGGGGUACUUGGGUUAAUUUUUACUUGGUAUGUGCCACUGGACUCUCAGAGCCCCUACCUCAUUAUAGUCUAUUCUGUGGCCAAUUAUAGACCCCAUCUUAGUCACUUUUGAUCAAAUAUUUAAAUUUCGCGAUCUCAACUUGGUUACUUUCUAUUUUUUUGAUUGACCAUGUUUUAGAAUGAAUGAAGAACACUUUACUUUUCAUCUACAAUACAAACAUUCUGGUACCUUUGCUAACCGUAAAUAUGAAGAACUGUUUUAUCCCAAAAAAGCAGAACAUGUGCGACCCCAUUCUAGUAACUCUCUAAAAAUGCGACCCCAUUAUAGUCAAUCCAGUCGUGAAAAUGCGACACCAUCCAGCGGCACAUCCUCAUCCUCCCCGGCCGCCAUGGUACGUAGGCUAAGCACACACGAAUACUAGUACAUUCCAUAUUCCUGCAUGCACAACGAGAAGGACGAGUAUUAAUUUUUAGAUCACAUCAUCUUCAUGGAUUAUCUUUCGACACUACACAAUUUAUAACGACCUCACUGACCUCACUAUUUGCUGGAAAAUCUGACUGAUCACUUAGUUGACCCUCUGGAUCGUUCGCCAUUGUUUUGCGACUAGCACACUCCCGAAGGGCCUCUGCUCGCAGGGUAUGAGGUCAUAAAUAAUGCAACAUGUUUACGUAUCAUUGGAUAAAAAAGUUAAUGUCGUUAAUCAUAUCAAGUAUUAACUGAAAUUACAAGCCAUACGAUUUGUCUGCACUGUUUGCGCAAUACGAUCCCCGACUGUGCAACUACAGGAAGAAAAAUUUAAACUUACCGCACACCGCUUGGACUCUGAAAACCGCAAUACCGUACUUUGAAAUAAAAAUUACCGCAACACCGCACCAAAAAUAACCCAAUACCGCAAUACCGCAAACCCUUACGCCCCCCUCUGUAUGGAAAACCCGGUAAUUCCGGGCAGAAUUUAAAUGGAACGGUUCAUCCCGGUAGAAAUUUUCCGGAAUAAAAGUAAUUAUACCUUUCGAAGUAUUACUUUUUUCCCGUUCUUACCGAAACGACGGAAAUUUUUUUGCACCAUUUGUCUGAUUAACCACUGCCAGGCUUCCUUUUGAGGCGGAAGGUGAUUUGCUUUAACCCAGGUCCACUCCUUUUCUGGUGUUUUGCAAAUGGUACAACUCUAACCCAUUCGUCUUUUGGAAAACGUUUUCAAGUCCAGUAUCAUUUGUCAGAAAUGUUUUACCGAAAUUUUGUUACAAAUGGUAAGCGCUCCAUGUUUCAUGUUUAUCAUCAGUUAUCGACCUGCAUACCGUCGAACUUCCAUGUUUGACUGCCUCUCUCUAGUACGCGACUACCGAUCCAAAAUACUAAAUUUUCUCAUUCAACAAAGUCUUGUUCUUAGAGACUAUCCUACACUACUCGCACCUGUCUUAAGCAGUCUCAACCUCUUUUUGAGGUAUGCCCAGCGGUCGACCGCUCGAGAUGGUCUGAUCGUUUUGUUCUCUGUAUGAACUCUAAUUUUUACUCGGAGUAUGCAAAUAACACUUUUAGCCCCAUGAAGGAAAAUCAAAAUACACAUAUCGUAAAGUGGAAAUUGCACGCAAAAAAAUUCUCCUCCCUUAAGUGGAUGAGUCGGGACCUCGGAAUAAGGAUCCGUAUGUUGGUCAGUCCUCGUGAGCCAUCACCUCCCGUAAGCAGCCGCUCAGAACUUCACGUUAUUGGGUGAUAACUGCCUGUAGUUUCUUUUAUUGCUAGAUCAUCAUUAAGGUUGUUGGAGCUACGGACAGCAUAUUUAACUACCAUGAAAGGGUCAGAUCUGGAUGGACUACACUUACCCGUGAGUAUACCCCGGUCCAUAAACUGAUGAACUACAGUAACUGUGUGUCCUCUCUUCAAAGUCUUUCCCAAAAAUCCUAUUCAUCAUUUUCACAUUACCCAUAAACCAUCUUGUUUACAAGCACAAAACUUGCACAAGCAUUGUCUUCCAUUUUUUUCAUGGGAUAGCCUGAUUUUGGGGAGGCGGGUCUGUACACAGGCUAUUCAUGGGACGACUGUAAUACUUGAUAAAGGCACUCGGAUUUCUCAAUGGUGUCCCUGUGAAACGGACUUAUGUACCAGACGGAUAGUCACGUGACAGAUGCAGAUUUUUUUUUCACCUAUGGCAUGCCUUUGAAGGGGAAGAGAGUGGGUGGGGAGUUCAGAUAUGCGGAAACGUGACGCUCGCGCGCGAGGAAGCACCUAUCCCAUUCCCUUUCUCCUUCAACCUGCCACUUGGGUUAGUGAACUCCUCUCUGUCUUGUAUUAGAGGAGGUAGUAUAGGCGACUAAAAUGUCUUUGAAAUGCCUAAAUUUUUGUACUUUAGCGUGGUAGCUGUAUUUGCGAAGGGCAAAGUGAGCCCCAGUCAUUUAUUUAUUCAUAAUCAUGAUCAUGAUCAAUAUAGAAGUACUAGAAGAUGGUAUCGACUGUUUAGAAACAGCUUCCGAUGGACUGUUUAUCAUUGCUUCCUUUAUUCUGUGCAACACCAUAUCCAUGACGGGAAUGGCAUACGACCCACACCAAAUUUUUAGUAUAGGUAAUAGCAUGAUUUGUAGUGAUAUUUGGCAUAAAUACCACGAGUGAUAUUUCAAAAUUUUUAUACGUAAUUUUACGAGCCGUUAGGCGAGUAAAAUUUGAGACAAUUUUGAAAUAUCACGAGUGGUGUUUAUGCCAAACAUCACGUACAAAUCAUGCUAUUAUUUAUUUAUACUACUACCCGCAAAGGGUUCGUUAUUUUCACAUGUAGUUAUUUCAAACUGUGCACUGAAAUACCACUGCUCUAAGCCAAUCAAAUUGCAGAAAUUUCUCAUGUAGUAGUAUAAUUGGCCAAAAUUACACUAUUCAUAGAACAAGCUUGAAGUACACGUAGCCAGUCUAGUUGGAGAUUUAUUUUCCUUAAAACGCCAGACUAGACUAAUUUAUGUUUACUCUAGAAAUAGUAUUUCUAAUUUUUAAAAUUUUCAUUUAUAGUUACAUGUCUUGAUGGCCAUCAAGUGAACGAUCAGCAAUACUGUUCUCCAGGUACGUCAUCACAAAUUUUGUUCUUGCUAUUCAGUCGUCAACAGAAGAUGAACAUCUUCAGAGCCUACGGGCUGCCGUGUGGCAAUUUUCUUACCCCUCACGCUCGUGGGCAUGCUCCCUAAGGUGGCCUAUACGAGAAUACUGCGCCAAAAAGGAGGAGUACCUCCCUCAGUGUAGAGAUUAUAAAAGGUUAGGCAACGAGUCAUGGACAAGAAAUGGGCACAGACAACUAUAUAGGGUCUUCUUCAAUUUACCUUGACGACACUCAGUUAACCGCUCAUCCUUUGUUUUCUUUUUGGAAAGGUUACUCAAGAACAAUGUGUCUCAAAAUCAUUUCUUUCUAUUUCGGUCAAAACUGUCAAAAAACGAUACCACUUUGGAUCUCUUGGCAGAACAUCGCCGUACAAAAAGUUUGAGUUAGCCCCAGGGCCCCAAGUUAUAUGCAUGCACGCUCACUGACAGGAUUAUGGCGAGAGUCUUCUUCGCGUGAUCUUGCGUGACUUCUCGUGACUCACCCCAAAUGGAUAGCUUUCUCGUAAAUGGAUGAAAUAGUUCGCGCAUAACGGCCGAAAAUGGGGUCCCGUUCUUUUGUUUGAAGCAGCGAGUUUGAAAUUCGUAUCCGAGACUUGGUCACAAUUUUCCUAUUUUAAUAGGAAAACGCUCGACGUGCGGUGGUGACGGCAUCAACUCAAAACCUAUGGGGCAAUUAAUUCAGUCUUCCUGCAUGAGAUCGCUCUAUCAAAUUAAGGAAAUCUUGAGCGAGACCGAGUCAAAACGGCUAGAAAAACCGUUUUCCAGACAUAACCAGAACAUGAAAACAACAUGCCAAAUGAAUUUGUCCUACCAAACUAUAAACAACAGGAUCACCACUUUCUACUGUUUUGAUUAUUUCUUUGUUUUUUUAAAAGUGUAGUUUAUCAUAAUUACGUCAUCAUUUGUUUAUUUUUCUUAGAUUAAUGGCUGAAGGGGAUGACAAAAACAAGACAUGACAACCCCUCUUGACAAAAUCAAAAGUCACCAUGACCAUUGUGGCGUAAACUAUGAUAAAUAAAAUCGUUGAUUAGUGGCCUCUUUAUAGGAUAUUGUAAGUUUUACAGUUCUUAAAAAUUAACCAGUGUCAUCAUUAGUUUACAACAGGACAGGUUCAAGAAAAAAAUUUUUUCUCUCCUGCGAAACAGUGGAAAAGCUUCGUUGCGAGAACUUUCAGGGCUAAUCAGUUCUCUGAAACUUUUUCGACUUUUCCUGAUUGGUGAUUCCAGUCCAGUGUAGCUCCUACGAAGAAACUGAAGUGGCUAUCCAUAGUAUAUUUACACGAUUCGUAGCACAGUAAACAGGCUACAAUCGGCGGCGAAAAAUCGGUCUGGACCACCCCCGCCCUGGCCCUCCAUUCAAAGCUGGUAUGUUUGUUGUUUGUUUGGCUAGCACUGGAACGUGGAAAAAACAUUCUUUAGAGAAGGUGUGUAGGGAAGUGGAGGGCAUUAAAAGCGUCAGUUCAUUUUUUCUACGUCAAAACAAGUUAGCAUGAGUGAAGGCAAAACGCGAGAAAUGUCCUUGAGGGCAAAGUGUCUGAACUAAUCUUGUUUUGUACGCCGAUUGUAGCCUGUUAAUAAAGGCUAACAUUUAAAAGUAAAUCUGCAAAAUCGGUGUAUGAAAACGCCGUGACAGAAACAAAUGAAACAGUAAAUACUGUAAUCAGCUCUGUGCUAAUGUGCACUUAUAACCAUGAUCACUAUCGUCCAAUCCAUGUAUUUGCUGGCACCCACUCAUCGAAGUUGAAGAAUUGUUCGUCGUCUAUUUUAAUCUGAAAGGAAUUCAAAUGUCACCCAAGAAGUCAGUUUAGCACGUCUUGAUUCGAUUCAAUAAAUUCACGUCAUAUCAGAAACGGUUUCAUUUUAUCAUAUGUUACUCACAUAGUCGAGAAACCAAUUUGGACUAUCAUUUCUAUCAUCUCGAUAAACCUCCACUCCCGUUACCGUUCCAACGUGGUAAGCUUGAAAAACAAAUUCGUCAGUUCUACAACAAAAAAGCCAAAAGCCCAAGGUUAACUGUUAUUCAAAAGUCCCCACGUGCAUGGACUGGAAAAUAAAAAGAACUAUAUAUGGAUAGGAAUUUUCUCGCCAUUGAUUAAAAAAGGGUACCGACGUAAUCGGUCUUAACAAGCUUUUCAUCAGAACUGUAAAGUAGUCCGGUUGACGUUUGCCUCUGGAAAAGCUAAGAACUGCGAGUACAUGCAUGAAUUUAAUCGAGCAACGCCCUUGGCAAUUUUAGUUACGAAGUCACUUUUUAAGGAAUUUACGAAAGUUCUACACGGAUUGCUUUCCGAUAUCUUAAAAAGAGAUGAUGACAAUAUUGAGACGCCAUUGAAUUUUAUAAUUGAAAAAGCUGGAUAAACAGUUAGGUGAAUUCUGUACAUUAUACUACUACAUGAGAAAUUUCUGCAAAUUGAUUGGUUUAGAGCAGUGGCAUUUCAGAUUAAUUUGAAAUACCUACAUGUGAAAAUUACAAACCUUUUGCGGGUAGUAGUAUAAACAAAUAAUAGAUGAUUUGUACGUGAUAUUUGGCAUAAAUACCACUCGUGAUAUUUCAAAAUUUUCUCAAAUUUCAUGAGCCUAACGGCUCGUGAAAAUACAUAUAACAAUUUUGAAAUAUCACUCGUGGUAUUUAUGCCAAAUAUCACUCCAAAUCAUGCUAUUACCUAUACAAAUUAUAUACUUUCCGCUCUCCGUCAAUUCCUUUUUCGUUUCUCCCUAGAUACAAUAUACUUGAAAUAAGAAUAUGACAGAAAUAAGAAUUUAUUGUGAAUUAAAAUAUUCAACUUAACCGCCUAGAUUAGCAAUUGCUAUUUUGCGGGCCAGUCUAUUAGAAUUACUAUUUUUAUUGAAUAAAGUUGGAGUUGAAGUUGAAAUUUGUGCGGCCUUCCGAGGUAAUCCAUGGGAAGGCUGUACAGUGGAGCCUCUUCUUUGGGACACUUCUAUUCGAGGGACACCUGAUGGACACCUCCAUUUCAGGAGACACAAAAUUUGGUCCCGGAAAAAUGUUCACAUAAUAUUUGUCUUUGUUACCUCUAUUGAAGGGACUGCACACCUCUGUUCAGGGGAAUGGGACACUUUUUUGGGUCCCGAAACCUAGGUUUAACCUCCAUUCAGAGGACACCUCAGCAAUCAAAAAUAACGACAGCUUUCAAAACAUGAAUUAACUCACUUAAAUCGAUGUACUGCACUUGUGGUAGUCAGAUUCGCAGAAAUAAGUUAAUCCAAGAGCCCUUGGUUUGAUUAUUUCCGCGGUAGGUUUGACUGAAACACAGUCAAACCCUGUAUUACUGACACCCGCUUAAUUUGGACACUCUAUUAUUACGGACAGUUUGCUUUGUCCUUGAGGAAAGAAGGCCCAUUCAUUUUUUAAAAUUCGUCCCGCUUUAUACGGACACACCCCAUUAAUGCGGACACUUUCUAUGGCCCCCUCAGUGUCCGUAUUAAAGGGAUUUGACUGUAAAUUUACUCCCUUUAUUACAAUCUGUCGCUAAUGAGCAAGGACACUAUCUCGUGGUCCCUUCAGUGUCCACAAUAAAGAGCCUGGGAGAGCUCACUUUACUCGACGAAAAACCCCUCGGAGCUACGGUGUGAACUAACAAAUUCAAGCACGGAGGCGGCUAUGCCGGACCUGCAGGAUACGCCGGGGUAACGAGGAGAAUUACACUUACUGUCCUGCAACAAACUCGUUUUUUUCGGGAUCUUCAAGUUGUAUAUCUUCAGUAGUGCCUUUGGUACCAAGGACCCUUAUCCACACGCCUGCAUCAGUUCCAGCGUAGAACCACAACUUGGUUCUUACUGCAACAUGGUAAGCUGAAAAUGAAGCGGCAAGAGUUUGCUUAUUUUUAUUUUUUCAGUAUAAUCAGCACGUCAAAAUGAAACUUUUGCAUUUCGAAUAUCGUACACUUUUUAAUGAACCUUGUUGAUGUAAAAUUUAAUUUUACCUUGCCAACAAAACACAUUUUUUUAGGUUAGUGUGAGAAAUUGAUAAUCUUCACCCUGUCUAUUUCCUAAUGAUGGCAUGUUCUUCGAAACCUUCGAAAAUAGCUACGAAUACCCACUCGGGGUGAGGGAGGGGGGGGGGGUGGGGUGGUGAGAAAAAUGCUCAUUUCGGUCAAACUGCUUGUAAAAUACGUUAUAAUAGUUUAUGCAUUAAGUUCGGUACAUGAAAAGUUCGGCGUCUGAAUCAAAGCCGUUCCAUAAAGUCGCUCCAAAGGCGAAAUUCCCGGCCGGCCUAGGCGAAAAGAACGGCUGAACCGUUCCAAAUUGAAACAGGCGUUCCUAAAUUAUUCAGACGCCGAACUUUUCAUGUACUUAAUUCAAUGCAUUAGGUUCGGCUCAUGAAAAGAUCGGCGUCUGAAUCGGGCCUAAGGAAACCGAUCUUGAGGUGGCUCAGGCUUUUUAUGACCCCUAAAAGAGAUCCUUUAAUUUGUUGUUGAUAUUUGCCCUGUUAGCUAAUUCAAUUUUCUUUGUGGUCAGAACAUAGGACAUCAUGCGAAAGCGGGGUGAGGGAAGUUCAUACAUGAAAUAAUUGAUUGAGGUAAAGGUACGCAUACGAUAUAACUGCAACUCAGAGAAAAUAACAACGAAAUCAAAAACAGGUAUUUUAAGACAUUUUAGGAUUCAGGAACUAUAAUAACGCGGAGAAUACCUUUUUUAUUUUAUUUGAAUCAAUAGACGGGAGCCCAUAUUGCUGAGCGAGCAUCUCCCAUGUACUUAUGUCCGCAGGGUCAGGGGGGUGGCAACUGGCCACACCCAUUUCAUAAUACUGUCGAACCACCGCUAACGACCACCUCUCUACAACGGCCACUUUUUUUCGUACCGGCGGACGAACAUUGACCCUUGUUUAAACCUCGCUACAACGACCACUUUCGUCUGUCCCUAAGGUGGCCGUUGUAGAGAGGUUCAAUUGUAGCAUUUAGACUAGUGAAAGGUCACACGCAGAUGACUUCAGGACUCAUGCUCUUGCAGGACUAUAAUUCCAAAUUGAACCAUUGCUAUGUAGCUGAUAGUCAGACCAAUAAAAUAGCAACAAGUAGCUGUACCUAUAUAGUGGAGUGUAAGCCACGCGGGCUAAUUGUAAGAGGACAGCAUUUCUUGCUUUUAGUCAAGCUAAAUUAAUGACAACUUACCGUACAUCAUGGAACUAGCUGAUCUUCUUCCCGACCACCCAUUUUCUGGGCAGUCUCGUGCAUACUAAUGACGGUUUUAUGUAUGGUUCUUUACAAUUGUUUUGAUUAGUGUCACGCCACCAUUGAUUUGUUAUUAGACUUCAAUUAGUUUUAAAGGUAUUAGUUAUUACAGUCAACUCCCUUUAUAGGGACCUCGAGUUAGUGUCCUCUGUAGCGAGAGUCCGUAAUAGCAGGAGUUUAUUUCAGUCAAACGUCUGCAAUUUACUUUUGCCUGGGAUUUAGCUACUGUCUGUAUUAUCGAGGUGUCCGCAAGAUGAGAGUUGACUGUACUUGAACGCCGUAUAGUUGUAAUAGACCGACAGAACCUAUUCCAGUGUCUUAGUGCUGGUGUGAGGAGGAACGUCCGCGACUCAGCGACAGAAAUUCCAUAUUGAUGACGUAAAAUCUGUUCGGAAUCCGGUCAGAAGCACUGAUUGGUCGACGGAGUAGUUACAUUGUUUUAGCUAUUGUUUACAACACUUUGCCAAAAUCGACCAUAAGACUCGUAAAAUGGGACAAAUUUAUGUUUGGAACCUGGACAAAAGGACUAAUGAACUAGCGAUGGUGGUGAAAGACAUUCGUGCGUUAAGGGACUCAUUCGAGCCCUGAUUGGAAGAAGUGUGAUGGAAAUUUGCAUGGACCGAAAUUAAAAACUCUAGUGUUAAAAAAUAUAAGUCAGAACAGUUUAGAACUUGGAAGGACUUGGACAGAGAGACAAUUUUCGAUUAAUAGUUUUUGAAUGCGCUUGGUAGUUUUUUUGUGAACUUGAAUUCGGUCAAAUUGUAAAAUUCGUAGCUAAGAUUUUGUGUACAAUUUUUGAAUAUAGUUCAUUCUCGUGAACAGAACCUCGUGACAACCAGAUCUAUUAUGUAAACAUUGAUUUGCGUCACCAUUAUGGAAUUUCUAUCGCUGAGUCGCAGACGUUCCUCUGCGCGAAACGUCCUAGCGGCGAAGACCGCAGAGAAACGGAUGUUUUCGCAGGCUACCUCCAUUACUCCGGUCGUUAAUUUGGCCUAUAUAGAACUGAUGUAUCCCAAGUUAACCUGAAGUUUGCGCAGUGUAACCCUGAAACCAUUAAACAAGAAAAAUUCAACUUACUUUUUUCAGCAUCUGAUGAUAGGAAAAAAUUCAAAUGGAAUUAAUAUACUGGUUUAACACGCAUCAAAGAUUAAAUUUCUUAUAAAUUACUUUUAAUUACUUUUUUCAAUUAGUUACUUCCCACUUUUAAACGUUUCACUGAAAAUAGUCAUUAUAAAAAUAAUGAGAUAAAAACGCCCACUUUUUUAACCAUGCAGCCAGCGUUUUUAACUGUUGACAAAUGAAUUGAUCUGUCUCCAGCAUGACUUGAGCUGUAUAGCGUACUUUCCACGUGAAGAAAACGCGUUGAACCCUUGUGUGACGGUAAUAAAUGUCAUUUGUAACAACUGUCGUACUUUGUAAUGUUUUUUUUUCUUUUUUCGUAAUUUGUGGUAACAAACACACUGUGAUUCCUUUGUGAAGGAGCUGUUGCUGCAGUUGUAUAACUAUCGGUUUGCGUCGCAUUUUCAAGCAUUUUUAUUAAGUAAAUAUGAAAACCGAUCAUAAAUCUUAAGUUUCCAUCUUCGACUUUUUGCCAUCUUUUCUUCAAUUUAUGUAGCUCUUGCCUGGAGUUCGUGGAGGCCUAAUCUCUUAUAAGCUCCUAUAGUUUCUGUUUGGUCUCUUUGCCACUUCUUUUUUCUGCUUUUCGUAUAUUAUUUGUAAUUUCUAUCAUUGUGUGGCAAAUAAAAUAACUAUAAAAUAAAAUAAAAUAAUGAAAUAAAAUAAUAAAACUCUUACACUACUUAUUUGCGUUCUUUCUAUAUUUAUCGCAAUAAUUCGAAUUUCAACUUGCUCUGUUGUCAACAAAUAUUCAAAUAUUCCAGAACUUUUUUAUUUUUUAACCGUAUCAAUGUUUCGUGGUUUGUGUUGACAACCUUUCUCAAAGACCACGAGAGGAGAAGGGUAAAGGAAUGUACCAAAAAGUAACUUAUAGUAAACUGGUACCAAAAGGUGUAUUUUGGAAGAUUCGAAAAUGGUCAAUUACAUGAAACAAGCUAGCCCGAAGCCGCCAUAUUAACAUACAUUCUCGUUCCCAUAGCUGCGGUCCUUGCGGUCAGCGCCACGGAUCGAAAGCUUUGGCCUGGAACAGCGCAAGAGCAAUAGUUUCACUUUUUGGUAGUCCGUUUCUGAGGAUGCCAAGAAAACCAGAAGGCAUUGUUUUGUCCGUACACUUCAGGCUUGGGCUCCAGUCAGAGCUCACGGUGGCGCUGACCAAAAACGAUCGGAGUUCUGUGGACAAGAAUGGUGUAAAGAGAGUGGAAGCAGUGCGCAUAAGCAGCUCGUUGUCUGCUGACCUGCUGUUUUCUGUUUCUGGUUUGAUUACAUGUAAAAUUUUCUAUCCGGUUAGCGGGGAUUACGGUGUCAAACCGAUGUAUUGAUUUUUUUGUGUUAAUUAGAAUGCCGAAAUCUGGUGCCUUUCUUGUUAAACGAAUCAGCCCCAAUUGCUAAGAAAAGAUGAGGGCGCGGCCUCGAAAAUAUAAGGGGGGGGGGGAUCACGCCUCUUCCUCCCUCCUAGUCAGCCAAUGAGUCCAGCUAAGGUUAUCAACCCCUUCUCUGGUCAGUCAUGGUUUCAGAACUGCUUUAAGCUAAUGCAGUAAGUUAAGAUAUACCGCACGUACCGUAACGCCGGUGCAUGGUCACACUCCUUACUUAUAGCUUCAGUUACCCAAAUAACCAGUGCAAGCGUACACUACAAAAAGCUUUCUGGUAACUAAAAAUUCAAGUUAAUAAGAUUUUACGAAGAAAAAUACGGCAGCUAAAGGCAAAGAAAGGUUCAACUGGACAAUUUCACCUCUGCAAACAUCACCAUCCGCCUCAUAUCCGAUCUUGCACGUACAGUUAAAUGAACCCCUGGUGUUGGUGCAAUCGGCGUUAACAUCGCAAUCAUGUGUUCCGUCUUCACAUUCAUUUAUAUCUAGAAGGAAUAAUACCAUAUUGAGUCAAGAAACUGAGUUGGAAAUAUGGCUUGCAAAGUAAAUUGAUGAAACACCUAGACUUGCAUACGUCUUCAAGUGGGACCGGAUCGCCAUCGUAUUCCACCCUCUCCCAAGUAAUUUCCAAUGUGCCUCUGAGGAAGCAUCAGGGGAAGCGAAAGGGGAACUGAAUCUCUAAGAAGAAGGAAGUGAAGUACUUGGAUAUUUGCAAUGCAUUUUCAUGUGCGUGCAUGGGUUACCACAAUCGGUUCCUUCUUAUAGUAUGUACAAAACCAAGAUAGAAUGAUCUUGACAAAACUUUGCUGCUCGCCCACAGGCCUCCCAAGCUCACGUUACGAGCUACACAUGCAAUAAAGCCAAAAAGUCGACUAAAUCGAUGAAUUCACACCAAAAAACACAGGAAUUCAUCAAAAGUAAGUCUCUUUUACUCAUUUCGCUGAAAAAAGAUAAAAUAUAAUAAUACUUAGCUUUCGCAGACCUCAGUAUUAUAUCUCACAUACAACGUCCCAACGGUCGCCGGUAACGAGACGACAAAGUAAAUUUCAUUACACUCUCACAGCUUGGGACGCCUGUGCUCGCCUGAUGCCCAGAAGUCGAAGCUCAGAACAUAUAUCACACCAGUACCCAAUUGGCUAUGGCUACCGAUCAAGGAACGAAUCUCGUACAAAAUACUAUUUCUCACGUAUAAAAAAAACUAUGUAUGGCAUGGCUCCAAAAUUUAUAUUGCUGAUAUUUUUCAGCGCUCUAAUCUGACUAGGCAACUCAGAUCCUUUUCAAACAAUCUCCCUGCAAUACGAAAAUCUAAUCGGAAGUCGGCUUAUGGAAACAAAUUACAUCGAUAUUUUCAAGUUGCUGCCCCCAGACUUCGGGAAUGCAUUACAUAACAGCAUAACUGGAUAAAUCCAAUCUUUAAACGUUCUUUAAGGAACUUUUUAUUCUUAGUUGUAUUUCAUAUUUUGGCUAUAGACGAACCCGAAGCGUUUUUCUCACGUUUUAAGAUCCCAGUUCUCUAGAUCUGAAAACAACAGAAUUUUUAAUUUUAUAUUGGUAUUUGUUGAAGUAUUGUAAAGCGCCAUGACCUUGAGCGGGUAGUUUAGAGGAGGGGAAAGUAGACUGGUGCGCCUUUUGACCGCUCUGUUUGGCCAGUUUUUGAUCCGGCUCCCCAUGAAUCAGUCACCGAAACGUUUCAUUCGUGUUGAGCGAUAAGCUCUUUUAAAAUGUGUUUCAUGCUUCCCUUUCGACGCAGUACAGGCCAAGUCAAACGUGGCGAGCCAAUCAAACAAAAAAAAGUGGUUUUAACUCAGCCUGCGCUGCGUCGGUUUCCAUGUUCUCAGGACGGCUUGAAACUUUACAGAGAAACUUGCCAUCAAAUCCUGUUGGCCGGUUUUUCUUUUAGCAUUCGUUCCUUAUGAACUAGAAUUUUGUUUACAGGCUAGCAAUGAAAUCGUAAGCUGCUUCGUUUUUUGUUCCCUUUCAAUUCUGUCUAUUGACUAUUUCAUUAACAUAUUGUGCAAUUUCAAAUUUGACGAAGUUCUUACCGCUUUCACAGUUCUCACCGGUGAAUCCUGAGAGACACUGGCAGCGAUAUUUUUUGUGUGUAUAUCCAGAUUGGCAGGUAGCAUAGUUUUCGCACGGGUCUGCAUCACAGGCACUCUUAACAGAAAGGGAAAGAAAAUAUUGAGUUCGGCCAUAGACUAUUCACCCUCUGAGUCCCCUAUUUUUCCGUAAGGUCGUCAAGACUUGAGCGCUAUAGCCGGCUAUCGUGACCGAGCCUAACUUAAUAAUAAUAAUACUAAUACUAAUACUAAUAAUAAUAAUAAUAAUAAUAAUAAUGAUAAUAGUAAUGAUGAUAACAAUAAUAAUAAUGUUUUUUUAUAUUGCGCAUAAUUUAUGAACGUCUUUGCAAAUAAAUAAGUCUUAAGGGAUCUUUCAAAAGUGUCAAUAGUUGUUGCUUGUCUAAUAUUUAAAGGCAGACUGUUCCAUAACUUUGGAGCAGCAAUCAUAAACGCGCAGUCAUCCAUUGUCUUUUUCGUUUUUAAUGUGCUUCUCGCCACUGGUGACCCAAGCUCGAAAUAUGACCAUCGGCACUGUUGCGCAAUGUUCAAAAUAUAAGGAUUUUUAUGGGAGAAAAACAAUUGUUUCCGUAGCCGACGAAUGUAAAGGUGUUUAUAUAAAAAUCGGCUAACCUUGCUUAAGUUGUGUGUUUCUUCUUUCCUGCGUGGUUUUCGAGCCGAUUUAUGGCUAUUUAAUAGGUGUUAUUGGAACCGGUUUGCUCUCUAUUAUAAUAGAAAAAAAAAAAACCGGUUCCACACCCUAGCCAGCUGUUGAUGAGUGCCAGUCAAUAGAAACUCCGUCUUGUCAUCAUUUAGCCACAACAUGUCUUCUCUCAUGCAAGCACGCACAUCAAGAAUGCAACUGUCCACGGCAGACACGGCUUCGAGUUCGCUUAAGCUACCAGAUGGUCUGAACCCAUAUAUAGCUGAGUGCCAUCGGGAUAAGCAUGCGUAGAAGGUAGAUGUGAACGUAGCAUUACAAACAGCUUGCUAGUAUGGAUCGUAAAUAACAGCGGAACUGAGUAUGAAGCCCGUGGAAGACCGCAUUCUAAAGCAAAUCUGUUUUAGAGGGUGCCGUUAACCGAAAUACGCUGCCCUUUUCCCUCUAGGUAAGAUUGAAACCAGGAAAGCGCAUUACCAAGUAAGCCCAACAGUGACUGCAACCUUCGUAGCAGGAUGCCAUGAUUAACCGUGUCGAAGGCUCAGAUCUAAUAAUACAAGAAGUGUCUCGUGGCCCUUAUCCAAGUUUAUGAGUAAAUUGUUCUUUACCUUGAUCAAAGCAGUUUCGUUGGUAUGAUUUUGUUGGUAAGCACUUUGCAAACAGGGUAGAAAGUAAUUCAGAAUCCACCAUGUGACUUUCGAUCUGAGUAGCCCCAGCCUUUUCCUCUAGCUUAGGUAUUCACUGAAGAUUACUCACCGAUCGAAAGUUCUUAUUGAUGGGUUGGAGACCAUGUUUCUUGAGUAGAGGGUGUACUAAGGCACACCUCCAAUCAUUAGCAAAGCAGGCAAAGUAUCCAGUUUUUAAAAGAUGACUAGCAUAAAGCUUAAAGAUGACUAUCUCAUCUGCUACCGCUAUAAACCCCGACACCCACCCCCAAGAUAAAUUGGAACCAAUUACUGCUAGUGACGGUGAGCGCUUGAUCUUGACGAUCUUAGGGAAAAAUAGAAGACUGUCGAACAGUCCAUGAGUUCCAGAACAAUUAUUUUUACGAUCAAUUAGAAAUCAUACAGGGGCACCCAACGACUUUUUUUCUGUAAAAUAAUUGCCCUCCCCCCCCCUCCCCAGUCGAAGGAGCAACUAUUGCCAAAAAAACAAAAAAACAAAAAACAAAAAACAAUCUACCCCUAAGACAUCCCAACAGAUAAAUAUAUUCUUACGGCAGCUCAGAAUUAACCAAACAGGCUUCUAAAGCCAGGCGAAACUAUUGAGACACUUCUGAUGUAUUUAGAAAUAUUCGGUGGGUGGGUGCCCCUGAUCAUAAGGUAGAAUUACCCACCUCUGCUCCUCGGUAUAAGUAGCCAUAAUUAUCCAUGAACUCAUCAUCAUGUCUUCGAUGAGUUGAGUUGUUCAGCUCACAGCUAAAUGUUCCUUCAGUGUUUGCUGUAGUUUUGAAGUUCAUACUCACACAAUUUGGCUCGUAGUAACAAAGGAGCUCACAGAGGCUUAAAUCUUGGACUUGCUCAGUUCUGAUCGUGUGGUUUAGCAAGCGUUUAUCUGCGUAGAACAAAAAACUAGGGAAUGCCAGUAUACGACAUUCACCUGAAAGAAACAAAAUAUUUAAUUUUUAUGCAUGAUUCUGGGUAGACAUUAUAAGAGCUGCCAAAAUAAAAUUUAGUAUUCAUGUCCCCUUUCACGAAUAUGGUAAAAUAAUACCAACUCCGAGUGCACUUAAUGUCAACAGCCAAGCUUAGUUUGCUACAGUGCAUAUAAAAUAGCAACAACCCGUUGGGAUUAAAAUUCUGGCCAUUCCAGAUGGCCGCUUUCAUUUACAUGACUGAGAAAUCCAAGAAAUAAGAAACUAGAAGUAAUUUAUUUAAGCUCUUGCAAAGAUGAGGGCCACGAUAAAAGGCAAAACUUAAUGUAAACCAAAAACUUAAUUACACAUUGGAGGAAAAAUGGGGUGGAGGUGGGUUGAUUUCUUGAAAAUCUGAAGAUUGAGCUUGCAAAUUGUGAGUGGAAUUGAAGUUGUUCACACCUUAUAACUCCUCGAGAAAGACGAUCAUACGAUUGUGUAAUUUUACUGGGAACAUGGAGAGUAAAUUUAGUGCACAUGUUGAGUAAAUGUACGGAACGAGGACUAUAGUAAUUUUUAUUGAACGUGUUCCAGGGAUAUAAGUGGUCCCUGAGAUCUCCUGACUAUCUUGUGAUCGUUACUUUACAUGACUGUACUUUUUGCCUGUUAUAUAAUAAGUAGCAAAGGCCAAGAGAAUCACAUGUACAUGUCGACGAACAUUAUCAGAUCACCAAAUCAACCACCUCGACCCUACUUUAAACUGUGUAAAUAACUACAUAUUAUUGUGUAGGUGACAUAAAAUUUUUUAUUUGCGAGCAAAUAAACUCAUAUAUUUUUCAACAUCGUUGGAAAACAAAAGCAAAGGAAAUAUCUGUCCGCCGGACGUCUCUGACUGGUCUGUGAUUACAAUACUAAAGUAUCAAACCUAAUUUUCAGCCAAUCAAAAAAGAACUGUAUCAGACCAACCUCGUUACCAGUCAUCCUCAGUGAGUUCAGAUGUAAUGUUUCUAGCAAAGCUUGUUGGGAACUCAGUUCCGAACUUUCUCCACUCACUGGCGUUGCGGGAAUUGCCCUGGAUACGAGGCUGGUAUAAGACACAUUGUUUCUAAGCCAAUCUGUACUUUUUUAAUCAUUAAUUUUCAUCUGCAAAUAAAUGUAUCAAGUUUAUCGUUCUGUCUUCUCGCAAAGACAAAUUUAGAGAAAUAUAAGAGCGAGCGAGAGAGCACGACUUUAUGUUAGCGGGAUUUUUUCGGAUUUUUCUUGGAAAAAAAUAAGGAAAUCAUGAAGCAACACUAAACACUAAACUCGAUACUGCAGAAAUUAUCCUUUGAUAGAAAGCUCCGUAGAUUAAAUGUUUUCUUAAUGAAAAACGAAGAGGAAGUAGAGACUAGCACGAAAGGACAAUAACUAGCGUCCAAGAUAAUGAAGUUGAAAAUGACAUGAAUUUGAACAAUAGCUGGUGGUUUUUGGGAGAGCACCGACCAUAUCACUGCUUUUAAUGAGUAACCGUCGUGAUAUUAUUUCUUCUCUUUUAUGUUUGAAGUUUCCCUCUUAAAACAGCUGCUGUUAAAAUGUUACUGAAUUUCAAUAUAGUUUACUUACGAAUUUCCAGUAAGUCCUACUGAGACAUUAUACACGUUUUUUUUUUUGCAUCCAACUGCCCCGUCGGCAAAAUGCUUAAUUAUUGUUGACAAGAAAAUUUAUCCUUACAAUAGCUUGAGCACGAAGUAUAUUUCUUUCACAUAAGCGAAAACAAACAGGAUUAUCGUAUUAGCACGGAUAUUAAACCCUUUGCUAACCGUUUUUAUUUUAAUUGGAAUCAAGAAACUUAACAUUAUAAUGAGUCCAUUUCUUGACUAGUAUACACACUUUUGCUCCCAAUUAAACAGCCGUACUUGUAGUAUGUUUGGCUACAAAACUAGUGACUCUCGAGGAAAUGUCCUAUCGACGUCGUCCUUAUUAUCCCAAAAAGUGGUGCAUGUAUAUGACAUUGCAGCUAAAAGUCUAUAUAUUAUUUCUUCCGCAAAAGGUAAAAACAAAGAAGGCUUACGUCUUCAGAAAAAGUUUUGAAGGGGCCUUGUUAGGAUAAACGUGGAAUCUAUUUACCGCGUAUCUACUUAAUGGCAGUAUGGUGAGAGGAAAAAUAUUGAGUAGUCAUUAUCAAUAUCUUUUAUGAAGUGCAAAGUGUGGAAAUAUAUCGAUCGGUCUAAGCCGUCAACUCUUGCCUUGUGAAUUCUAGGUAGCUACAAAGAGAAGAGCCCGUACGUACAAUAAAACAGUUCUCGAUACAAGAGAGAUAAAAUGGAUUAUUAUAAACUAUUAUUUACGAUGCAAAAGUAAACUGGUUAAUUAAUUUAAUACUGAGGUCUGAGAUCACAUGCUGUUGUUAUGGUACUAGUAAAGUACGUUUUGUUGUGCCCCUUUCAUGAAUAUCGCGGCUUAUCUUAACUUAACACCACCUUGGACUCGACCGCCUUUUUAAAAUACAGUGAACUCAGUGCAGAAUGAUAUAUUUUGUAGCCCGAUUUCGUUCCAUUGUUGCUCAGUAACAGCAGCUGUUUCUUGGUUUCUAAAUUGUAUCACGAAACUUGAAUUUGUUUUUGUUACGUCAUUUGUAGGUUUAUUCUAUCCCUUUUAUUAUCAGUUUGCAGUGAAAACGGACACCGAUUUUUCUUCAAGCCAGCUUUCAAAUAAAUACUUAUAGUUACGUUCACGUAUUUUAAAGCCAAGGAAUUCACGGCGAAAAGGACUCGAAGAACUUACCAUCUUGACAAGCGGAGACAAAAUUCACUGACAACAACAGUAGGUUAAUGCAAAAGCAAAGAGACUGUCUCAUAUUGCUGAGUACAGGGUUGAGUAACUUGUCAAUAAAAAGUUUAAAUGGUGAACUAAAUAGGUCGCAUAAAAUUAAAUAAGUCUUUCCAUGAAGGCGCUCAUCAUGGGGUAAUAGCUAGGCCCAGGGCCACACGGCUAAAGGUUGAUCAUAAAUAUUAAACAAAGGAAUUCGUGAAAGAGUUUAUUUGAAAGUCAAAAAGGUUUUUGGGCCGUAAUUCAAGCAUAUAACUUUUGUAAAUGCUGCAGCCAUAUACAUAAAUGAAAUGGACCAAGAUUGCCACAAAAAUACCUUUGUAUUGUCUUACCCAGUAUCUCUAGGUUAGAUCCUGGCGUUAUUACGUAAAGCAGUUGGUGUCAGGUGUUUUGAUUAAAAAAGGGACCCAGUCGGAAGAUUCCCAGAGGAAUGCUAGCUGGAUGUGAUUCGCUAACUCGACCCCAAAGUACGGCGAAACACAAUGUCUAGCUGUGACUUAAUUUAGAUUCUUACAAAUUCGUAUUCAUAUGUUUGCCGGUUCUAUUUACUAAUAAUACAAUCAGAAAAUAAAUCCCAGGAAGCUGACUUAUUCGUGUUACUCCUAGACCAUGAUUUCAUGCCGAGUUGAUUUGUAACCGUGGUCUAACUUUCAAAUUUGUGAAUAAAAUCCUAUAGUGUUACCAUUCAUAUGAAACCUCUUUCAACGAAUUUCUGUAUGUUUUUUUUUCUCCUGGUUUAUUCCAAAAAAUGGAUGAAUCGAUUUUGCGUGAAGUUUUCAUUUAGGUUGCUGUUAGGAAGUAAAGAGCUUAAAAUUUACCGUCUUUCAUUCAUUCGCCAUACAUUACGAUCUCGACAUUGCUGAUUCUAGCAGCAUGCAGGACGCCAGUCAAAUAUGAACCUAGUAUAUGGCCUCGCUCUCCUUGAGUUCUCCGCAACUCAGUGGUAGAGCGCACGCCCCGUGUUUGGGAGGCCAUAGGUUCGAAUCCUGUUGCGCACUCAGAUUUUUUCUUUGUCCUACGCUGGUGACAUGCUGAUUAUUUCAUCUUCACAUUUGUUCACCGAGCUUAAAAUUUACUUUCUUCCAUUCUUUCACCUUAAAUAUUUAUUUGAAACAUUUUUGGGCUUUCUCUUUCUUGGGGAUUUUUUUCAUGAAUCAGUUCAAACAUUAAUUAAAAGCUCGUUUGUAUACAAGUUUUUAGCUGUGAAUCUCAAACACACCUUGCUUUGACUCGUCAAAGUAAUAGACCGAUUUCGAUAAACGAAAAGUAAAAUAACUGACUUAAUUCCGUGGUUGGCAGAAACCGAAACAUUCUUAAGGACUCAUUCUUGAACCUCAAUUUCAUUUCUUUUUUUUCUGAGCCUCGCAGUAAAUGGAAAUCUGUUUAUUACAAGCAAUUAUUACUUAUUGGAUCGUUAUUUCAUGUUUUAUACAACUAGGUGAUAAGUUUUGCGAAACAGAAUAGCACAGCUGUGGAAGCAGGAAUUUUUUUCCAUGGUUACCUGAUGAACUUGGAUUGUCCAGCUGGGGACAAAGUGAAAAACAGUAUCCAAUAAUAUGAACUUAUAUGCAGAGUAAUGAAAAUAAUUUUAUUUUAUUUCUCGCUGGAAGAGUCACUUAACGGGAUUUAUUUCACAGGAGAAUAAGAUGGUGUUGUUGGUGUUCUGGUUUCUCUUACUUGGCUCCAGUUCUACUCAGAGCAAACGUAAGCUUGGGUCUUUUGAUGAUGUAACUUUCUCCGGACUGUAGAGAUUUGAGUUACCGUAUUUUUAGCAAAGCAGUUUUAAAACAGAGCGACAAUAUUUUAGCAACAAUAAUUCUUAGCCCUGCCAAGCCCUUUUAGUUGCUUAAUUAGCUUGAAUUAUUGAUUACAAACGAUUCUUUCAUAACGGGCAACUCCCUAAAACUGAUGGUAAAAUUGGGCCCUGCCAUUCUGUUUUUCACUCCAAGAUGGACAGUCACAAGAUGCCUGCGUAACACUUUCCGUCGUCAGUAGAGAAAAUUGACUAUUUACUUAAGAUAUAUAUAAAGGUAAACAAUUUAUACCCAAAAUAUCUAAAACUUUACUCUAUCCUUAAAAUUGAAAUGACAAAGAACUGUUUGUUCCUCUAGGUUACACAGUCAUCGUUAAAACUUCAAAUGAACUUGGUUCCGGCACGGAUGCGACUGUGAAGAUUAAAAUAAAAGGCACGAGGCUGAACUUAGCCGCAAGGGAGUUAAAAGGCAGCUUUGAAAGGCGCAGGUAUUAUGUCUACUUUAACGAAUAUUGGAUCCAUUCCAUAGUCCCCAUAAAAGUCGGGAAGUACCUCCUACUUCACCCCCUUGUUGUUUUUCCUUGUCACAUAUCCCUUGCGUCUCCGCCCUAUCAUCUGAAACGCCUAGAACAGGCUAGUCAGGAAGACACAACUUAAAUGUUCUGACAAGCCUGAUCUUGAUACUAGCCAAAUUAUCACAUUGUUUACGGGGUUUUCCCAUAAAUCAGGAUCAACUUCUAUAAUUAAUACAUCAUUUUCCCCAGAGACAUUGGUAUAGUCAUCCUUAGUAGUCAAGAAAUCCAUUAACUCAGAUGUCCUGACGGGUUUUUACUAUUUAGUCACUCAAAACGAAUGUCCUCAUAAUGAGUAUCAAAUAUCUCUAAUAUUCUUAGGCCACAUAAUUUUGAGAUAGAAUAUAAUUUGUCUAAUUAUCCUGCAGACCGCCGGAAGUUUUCCAGUUCUCCGACUGGGACUUGGGAUAUGUUAUGGGACUGGACGUUUAUCGUGGUAAUCAGGGUCGUUUUCCUGAUUGGAACCUGGACUAUGUAAGCGCCCGAUCCCGAGGCUUCUCAUGAGCUUAUUUAGUGUUGCAUCUAUCUUCCAAACCAAAAAUCCAGAACACAAAUGCUUGCCCUUGAGAUCUCAGUCAUCAAGGAAAUUAUGCUAUCGCCGCAACUGUCUAACCUGUGUCUAACUUUCCAACGACCGGAUGGGUGGUAGCCGCAAAAGCUGCUUGUUUAUGCUCGUAUUGUUGUAGCCGCCAUCUUUGAUUUUAUGACAGAGGGAGAUUGGGGAGACCAUUUCCUUCUCUCUCUUUUGGAGUUCCAGCCCCGGGGGGGGGGGGGGGGGAGCUCUACCUGUGUUUUAUCUAUCAACGACCGGGGGGGUGGGACGCGGCAAAGUUGUGUUUUUUUGCUUGUGUUGGUGGGGCCGCCCUUUUUUAUUUUUGGCGGAGGGGGGUUUGGGGGGACCCUUUUUUUCUCUCUUUUUUGGGGUUGCCCCCCGGGGGGGGGGGGGGGGGUACUUUAGGAAUUUCUGGGUGGGGCUGUGCCGCUGGCACCCUGGAACCCUUAACCUAUAUCAGAGCUAGUUCAGCUGAAUUUUUCUACCCUAUACUAGAGUAAACUCCCCAAAUCCCCCCUAUCCUUGAGUAGCUGUUUUCCAGAAACUAGUGAGGUCACUAGCACAGUCUAGCCAAAAGAAAACCUUAUACCGCAAUUCCUUGUUUAGAUAAAACCUUCAACCAACUGAUCAGUUUCCUGAAAAAUGAUAACCUACUCUAGACCCAAAUGUUCUGAUUUAUAUACCCUAUCCUAGAGUAAACUGCUUGAAAACCAUACCAUUUACAGCGGCACUUACCUAUAUAGCCCAUAUAUGGCAGUACCCCCCGGUGACCCAACAUGGAACUUUCGAGAGUAAAAACACUCGCGCGCCAAAAGAAAACGCCUUCAUGGACUUACGACCUCCUUUUUUGUAUUUUACAGAUCUACUCGUGCGGCUUGUUAAGUCUGUAUUUUUUGUAGAUUGAUAGACCAAUCCUAAAGCAGAGAGUUAGAACUUUUGGGAAAUUACCUUGCAAUGUGAAUGAUUUCAGGAGUCGUGUGGGUUACGCGCGAAGAGGACUGGGGAUGAGUCAGGGGUCUCAUUUUUCUGCAAAAGAUUACUGCAGUUAACUUCUGUUGACAAUCAAAAAACAAGUAGUUUAACUUUUUUCUAGAUUAUCAUUAAGAUCGCUGGAGCAAAAGACGCCGUAUUUAAUCACGGUGGCAGGGAGAUACACCAUGGAUGGACAAAACUAACUCGUAAGUAUAGUACUGAAGUCUCGGUUUCUGAUUUAAACCCUUCUUAACAGUUUGUUUUUUCCUGGUUUCAGUAUCUUUAACUUUUCUCAUCUGGUAAAUGUUUCUUGUAAUUUCGCCAAAUUACGAAAUCGACAAAUUCAAAAUAGUAAUUUGCUUGCAUUGUUUCAAUGCAUAUUUUGAACUCCAUUAUUUCAGUUUAAUACAGAGUUCAACAUUUUCAAUUAUAGUUUGCUUGCAGAGGUCACGUCAACAUAAUUACUGUUUCAGAUUUUUUAUAGCACCCGCCAGUGCUAUUCGUCCGGUACUGUAAUGCGGAGUAGAGAAUGAGAAGUUACUUAUUUGUACUAAGCUUGCUGUUUUUGUUUUAGUUUCCUGCAACGAUGGAAACGUUAUUAACAGUCAAGGCUAUUGUGAUGGUAUUGUAUCUGGUCUAAUUAUUUCCAAAGCAUCAGCAUUAGUCUCCCUUGCCCUUGACACUCGUGUGCUCUAGACAUUUUCAUGCAUACCUUGAAGAAUGGGCACAUUCGUCGGUCAAGACAAAAUAUGACUUUUUGAAGCCUAACUUUGAAAACAAACACCAAUGUAUGUUAUUUUAUUCGUGUGCAAUACCAUAAUUAUGCAGCUGAUCAAAGGACUGGAAAACUCAGGAGCAGCCAACGUCAAUUUUCGGAAAAUAUCUGUUCGGAAGAAGAUUUGAGAUCUAGAAUUUUCGGAACAUUUUUUGCAAAAUUUCUUGCUAACCUGCCUCUCCUAGCAUUUUCGAACAACUAAAAAUUGGUAUAAUUGCCCAUUUUUAACGGAUUUUUACCCUAGAAAGGUCACCUAGAAUUUUCGGGAGCCCUUUUUCUGGCUGUAAUUUUCGAAAAGGUAAGUUUUGAUCCCUAUAAUUUUCGGAUCACUAGACUUUCAGCUAGGAAAUCCGAACAGAUCAAAAAUUUUUAGGAGAUGCAAAUAUGCCUACAUCUACUGUUUAAAUACUAAAAUACAUGUAACAACACUAUGUUUAAGCGGUUUUGAACUAUAUUCUCGUUGGGUGCCCCUGAAAACUGUUUGUGGUUGUAAUGCCUUGAUAAAGUAAAGGUUAUCCUUGUUUUUACACAAGGGGCAAAUUUGAGGCAAAUGCGGCAUUUACCACCUUUGUCAUUAAUGCAAAAUUAUGGCAAGUUUGGUCCUACGUCAUGAGGCAAAAUUGAGCAAAAUUAAGCUAAUGUGGCUUUUGCAGAUGGUUUGCUCCAAAUUUGCUAUAGAGGUAAAUCCGUUUUUUCGUCCAGUGAAUGAUGCGAAGGGAAGCCCCGUCUUUUCAUACUUUAUGGGAAAGUCUGAUUGGAAAUCAUAAAACUGACAAGAUUGCCAUUGCAUUGCGCAUGAGCUGAACGUUACUGGGCUCGAUUACCAGGAGCUGUUUGGAAAAAUGAGCCUGGAAUAUUUUUUCAAAUUACGUCACUUAUAAGUUUAAAAGUGCCCGCGUCGAGCGCGUGUAAUCGUAAAUCUCAAGGAAGAUUAAAGACCGGACUCGGGAGAGAGGGAGAAAAGUUACAUACUUACAUUACACCGUGCAAACGUCUAUAGUUUAAUUGUUUAAUUUUUUCUUUUCCUUUCAUCACUGAAUACCGUACAUAUAGUGGCAGAUGUGGACGAAUGCAAGAAACCUUAUACUUGCAUCUCACCAGCAAAAUGUGAGAAUACUGUGGGAUCAUACAAGUGUCAUUGCCCUAAAGGCUACGUUUUAAAACCCGGAACUAACAACCAGUGUCAAGGUGCAGUUUUGUAAUUGGUGUUUGUUAUCAUCAGUACCUGAAAGAGUCUAGGGUUGUUUCCCUACCUUGCCUGGGAGACACCUAAAAAAUAAAACGCGACUGAUAAAAGUUGCUUGUUAGAAGAAGACACGAAAGAGGGCUUCCACUCUUCCGCGCUUGCCCUCCUCUCCCUCCACCCGUUCUUAUUUAUUAGUUGUUUAUUUAUCAGUUUAGUUCUAAGUUUAUCGUGUGAUUAACCGUGGAUAAUCACGAUACGGUCCAAGCUAUAUUCAGUAGAUAAAAAGUACAACAGUCACAGAAUUUUUGAACUUGUAAGCGUGUCCCUAGGAGGGCUCCUCAUGCUCCUUGUCGCUUUACUCUCAGGUUACAUGUGCAUUUUCCCUUUCUCUCAAAUUUGUUUGUUCUUCUUUUAACAAAAAUGGUUGCUAAGAACGGACACUUCUUGGUUUAAAGAGUUAAUUAACGGAAAAAAUGAUCAGGAUUGUUACUACUCGUGGAGGCGUAUGGGCGCGCGAGGAGACACGCGAGGGGAGAGGGAGUGUCUCGUGUCCCCCUCAUGUCUCUCUCUCGCGCGUAUCAAGUCAUAUCAUUAUUUAACUAUGAUUCACACAAUUUGAUUGCCGUUGCCCUUCAGAUGUCAACGAAUGUUUACGCCGGGGUCCUUGCAAUUACAGGAGAUCUACCUGCCAGAAUAUUCCCGGAGACUAUCGUUGCAAUUGCAAAGCGGGUUACAGGAAUAAGGAUACCAAGACCUGUAUUAGUAAGUAAAAGUAUGAACUGGAAAUUAGCUCUCUGUUGUGUACCGUUUAAGUGAGAGCGUACUGCUAAACUGUGUAUCUUAAUGGGUAUGUUGCGUAAAAGCUUUAGUAGUCGGGUCAGCACCCCCACCCCCUGAUAUCCUCCAACAAGAAGAUUCCUCAUUUUCUGGUAGAUAUGUUAAAUGUCCCGGCGCUAAGCCGCAGAGAGUGUGUACUCAUUGGGUGCCUCUUUUUCUUGUUUUUUAGAUAUAAAUGAAUGCACUAUGGGUAUUGAUUCAUGUGACAAGACGUCAUCAGAUUGCAUAGACUCAGAUGGAACCUUCUGGUGUCGUUGUAAGAAAGGUUAUUAUCAGGGAGCGAACAACAAGCUCUGUGUAGGUAAGUUGUUUUAGAUGUUUUUCGCAGAACGUAUUUGCGUAUAUGCUGCAUGACUCAAGCUAUGAAACUCUCAUUGUGUUCGGUGCGCGAUCGAGCUAAAACAAUUCAAAGACUGCUCUUUUUCAUAGUGUUUCAUCAAAAAAUACGUAUGUGAGCCUCGCUCAGGGGUCUUUCAUCUUCCCACCACAAGGCCCAGAGAACGGGAAGAAGAGAGACUCUGGGAAGGAGGCUACUGUAACACUCGUAAGCCGUACAGUAAUUCGUGCUUUUUUUCAUAAAUACAUAUCACAUUCGCAUAAUUACAGGUGCAUGUACAGAUUUGACACUUGAAAUGAUGGUUUAUCCAUAAUAAAAUCACUCGGUGCAACAAUGAAGACUCAAACACGUGAAAGUAAUGAACUGAGUACUGAUAAAAAAAAAAAAGUAUGGCUAACCACACGGCGAAAGACAUGACAGUGAUCAAAGACACGGAUCUAAACACACUACUUGAGGAAAGAGUCUUUACAGGUAACAUGACAAUACUACGGCUUAUUAUGAAGAAUACAACAACAUAAUAGGACUUACCUGACCAAUCAAGAGUCACAUAGUUGAUCCCAUCAAUUACUACGCUUUUCACAAACAUGCGAACCCUAAAGUUCAAAAACCAAUUUCACAAUUACGUUUUUCGCUGCCGUCAAUCAUAACUACGAUCACAAGCAACGAACCUUGAAACACAGAAACAUACAAAACGGAUCGAAAUUCACUAAUCACAAAUCACAAACCAUGACCUUUUGAACCCGCUAAAGUAAAGUUUUGUUUCCUAAGAGGUCAGUUAAGAUGAUUGACGGCAGCGAAAAACGCAAUCGUCAGUGGCUUUUGAACUUCAGAAUUCGCAUGUUUGUGAAAAGAGCAGUAAUAAAAGGUACACAACUCUUUUUAACUCUUGUGAUUAAAUUCCUCAGAGACCAGUCGAAAGAUGACAUCAGUUUUUGCCACCACUUGUUUCAUUUGUGCUUACACUCACCCAAAGAUUGUAUUCCCUAACCUACCUAUGUUUUUCUUUUCUAUUAGCCGUGGAAUGUGGCCCCAUAGUACCCCCCGCUAGUGGCACAUUUGAGCCUGCGCGCUGCACUCAAGUCAACUCUAAUGUCUUCAGAGACAAAUGUCACUUGAAAUGUCACGAGGGAUAUGCUAUUUCUGACGUCUCACAGGGAACCCUAACCUGCGGUAGUAGAGGGCGCUGGGAGGGAACCGUAGGAACUUGCCAACGUGAGUAUAAUUACGCCAGGUACACGGAAUACGUUUUGCAAGUUUGAAUAUUUAAGCGACUUAUUUCCGAAAGGAAACAGGCACACAAGUUUGCAUUUGUUACAAAGUCUGAAAACGUACCUUUUUCCCACUUCCUUUUUCCUCAAUUUUAAGUCUAGUUAUCACCUCCAUUUGGGGCAAUAUGGGCCAAACAGUUAACCAUCAAUGUUCUCAUGAUGGCAUAUUUACCUCUUCCCUUACUCUGAAGUAUCAACCUCGAGAAGGUUUAAAGGUUUUGUCACUUCUCUACGAAAAGCUAUCUUACGGUUUAAAUUUUUUUCCACUGCUGGGACUGCUCAUUCCAUCAAUGACCGUUACUUAAGGAAGAUCAUAAUGAACUUAAGUCUGUCUGUCUCAUUGUUUCACCAGCUGUCUCUUGCCCAAAACUGCCCGCCUUUUCUAAUGGAGGCUUACUGCCGUCAUCAUGCACGUCAUCUGGUGGUAAAUACCCAAACAAGUGUUCGUACUACUGUUCCAGCGGUUACUCUCUUCAAGGUGGCCAAUUCCGACAGUGUCAAGCAGAUGGGACCUGGGACGGAACCGCGCCAACUUGUACAAAAAGUAAAGAAGACAUGUGGCUUUGUGUUCCAUUGCUUUAAUUUGUUUGAAUUGAUCUUAUAUGAAAACAAAUUGUUUUCUUCUUCCCAAGAUAAACUGAAUUUUUUGUUUAAAAUCUUUAAUUGAGGCAAGAAAGAAUAUAUUUACAAAAUUCAGGAUUUUGCAUGUGCCUUAAGUGUGUCUUAGAUCACUACUGUUUGUUUGAUUUUAGUUUUGGCUAAGCCGUGGAUCAGAUGUCCAGAUCACAUAAUUCUGGACUUACUCCCAGGAAAAUCAUCAGCUGACGUCAGCAGUGUGUGGAAGGAGCCAACGUCAAACGUUGAACCAGCACAAAUAACAAUCAGUCCACCUGAAAUAUCCUCUAGUUACCAGUUCCCGCCCGGCACAACAAAGGUCACGUGGACCGCAAGUAAUGUUGAAGGAUCGCAACGCUGCUCGUCGUAUGUAAUCAUUUACGGUAAUUUCAGCCUUUUUCAUGUUCCUUUAAGUGCACCAUAAUAAAUAGAAUGACGUGUGUGGAGAUAAGAAAUCAUAAAAGAAUUCUGAGUACUAGAUGGGAAUUGAACCCAUGACAUUCCAGAUACUGGUCAGAUGCUCUAACCACUGAGCUACGAAGACCUCCAAUGAUGAGCGGGUCAUUUGUGGGCUGACAUAACGAUUGCAUCUCGCAGUCACAUUAUGUCAAAUAAACACACGAUUUAACUGCAUCAUCAGUCACGUAAGUACUCUCUGAGUGAUAAAUAAUAAAUUGAAUGAUAUGUGUGGAGAGAACUCAGAAAAAAAAUUCUGGGCAUGAGUUCUAGAUGGUCAUUGAACCCACGACCUUCCAGUCACUAACAACAUCAUUCUGUUUAUGUGGAUACGUGGUGAUAGAGUGGUUUUCGUUUGAGUGUCGUAAAACCAAAACCAAAGUAAUUACUCUGGCCAAUCACAUAGGACACAGACAAUACAUUGAACCAAUCAAAACUCGAAGUAAUUUCAUGUGGCUGACGCAAAGCGCGGGAAAAUGCAUGCGAGCGCGUCACAAUUGGCUUUGGUUUUACUUCUGAUUGGAUGAAAAGGUGGCGCAAAUCUUUUAAGCCAAUCGCAUCGUGUAGAAAGUGAAAAACCAAUUACUUUUCGACACUCAAAUGAAAACCGCUCUAUUGUGUCGACCUAAGCCAUUAAUCAUUACUCUCACUUCAAGAUCAGGGACCCCAGGACUGGUAGGACCAAACUGGGUCUAGAAUCCAGAUAGUUAUCUUUUUUUUCCCAUAAUGAUACAGAGUAACACAUCUUCACAAUAAACUGUUUGCGUUCAUUAUAUUUAGAUAAGGAAGCUCCGACGGUAGCAAAUUGUCCUCAAGAAAUUCUUGAAAUAAGCAGUGGUCCCAAGGCGGUGACCUGGGUAGAACCGACCUUCAGGGACAAUGUGAAAGUCACAAAAAUAGACACCUCACACACUAGCGGCAGCAUCUUUGAGAUGGGAUCCACAUAUGUCAGCUAUACCGCUGAAGACGCUGCUAGGAAUACAGCCUUUUGUAAAUUCAAGGUCCAACUCAAACGUAAGUUCUAAUGGCUUAUCUCACUGAAUUUCGUCUUCAUCGCCUUAAAGUUUUUGUUAAAAUGUUACUGAAAGCAUUUGUUUCAACGUGUACUCAAUAUGUUUGCUUAAGUUGUGUGCAAAUGUAACGUGUAGCACUAAGACGGUGUUCACACCAGUGUAGAUGUUCUCGGGUGGUCCUUUAACGUGGACUUAGGAUGUCUCUCAGUUUUGAGACUGAAUUUAAGCUGAUGUGGUGCCUUUUAGGGCUGUCCAAGGUUUCUAGCCAAAAAGGUUUGAAAUUAUUUGUUAUGUAACAAUGGGUAUACCACUUAGGAGUCAAAUUCCAACACAAUUUAAUGAACUCUUUAAUGAACUUUAAUGAACACGUUUAAACGAGUUCAUAUGAACUCCUAGGUGCUUCGUGGGUAAACAAGCAAUUGACAAUUGACAAUUGACAAUUAACUCGAAACUAUAUUAUUUGAGAAUGCGUUCUUAUUUACACUUUUGUCAGUUGAAAAUCAUAUUUUCCUUUUUUGAUCACAAAGCCGAAGAUUCCCCUAUUUCAUGUGAUAUCACCACUGGUUAUAUCCUAAAGGGGUAUUUUAUUUUAUAGGGCUAGAGUGUUAUGAACCGAACGGGCCUGACGGUGGCACUAAACAAUGCAACGAGUUUGGUGGUAGUAAAUUCUGCACAGUAACUUGCAAUAGCGGAAGUCAGCUGUACCGAGAAGCUGCAUCUUACUGGCAGUGUAAGAAAGGAGUCUGGACACCCAAUGAUGUCAUUCCUGACUGCGUUGGUAAGACAAACCCUGACAAACCACAUCAGUAGUGCUUUUUAUUGAGAAGAAGUGUAGUCGCGACUAGUUUGUGAAGAUGGGCAGUGGCACAAUGAAAGAUAAAAGAUAGCGUAAAUUUUAUAGAGAACAUUCUGUUUUAAAAGUUAAGUGACUAUGCCCAACAUUACUAACAAAGGAGGUGUAUCCAGAAACCCUGGGUCAAAUAUUUUUUAGGCAUUAGAAAAGAGUGUAAGGGGUCUUAGUUAUGAGAGAAAUAUUUCGGAAAUAUAAUUUGAUGUAUUUUUCACUUUUCAUGUGGUUUUCUUCACUGAUUUUGAGGUAAUCAAAUUUUAGGUUUUGAGAGAAAAGUCUUUAUGCAUACGUUACACAAGAAAAUUUCACCACCAAGCCUCAUUAUGAAUCAAAAAUUAGCCGAGUUUCAUAGAAAUGAAUUCCCAAGGCAGUAGAGUUGAAAAGAAUACCCAAGCACAAAAAGUGCAAAUGAAAAAAAAUUGGUUCACAAACUAGGCUUUGGUGGUGAAAUUUACUCGUCUGACGUAGCCAUGUAUAAGGGUGUAUUCUUUAACACACGUGAAUUUUCAUUCGGUUUGGAAAUUAACGAAUUUUAACGUCGUCAUAGAGUUAUAAGAUAGUUUGUACGUUGACCUGAUAGCGCGUCGGACCAAGAUGAAGGUUAUUACAUUCAUCUGCUGGACCUGAUAAGUAAAUAAAAAACUGAGAUAAACUGCAGAAGACCUCAGUGCUUGCACGUUACAAGUUAACGUUGUCGCCCAGUAAAACAAAAUGCAUUAAGGUCUCGGUAAAGGAAAACGAGGUGCCCACAGAAAAAAAUAUAGUCGUUCGAGUAUUUUCGCUACAAAGGCAAGUUAUAUAUCAAAUUAAAGCUAAAAGACUAAAUUACCUUAUAAAGAUUUUGUUUCAUCGAAUUUCAAAAGGCGCUUAAGUUUUUUGCUCUCGAACUCAGAGGUAUCGAGUUUACUGCUGAAGCUCCAAUCCUUUUGCGUUGUAAAUAUUCACUUCCUUUUUAUUGCAUCUGAUUGACAGAUAAAAGACCUAAAAAAGGGUGUGACGAAUUUGCAUAUGUCUCGUAUUAGCGGAAUUAUUGCAUUUCAAACUAAAAAGUCGAAUCUCCAGCGCGAUUUACGCAAAGAAACUGACAUAAAAUGAGUUACAAAGGGAAAUCGGAAAUUUUUAGGUCUUUUAUCUGUCAAUCAGAUGCAAUAAAAAGGAAGUGAAUAUGUAACAACGCGAAAGGGCUGGAGCUUCAGCAGUAUACUCGAUACCACUGAGUUCGAGAGCAAAAAACUUAAGCGCCUUUUGAAAUUCGAUGAAAUAAAAUCUUUUAUAAGGUAAUUUAAUCUUUUAGCUUUAAUUUGAUAUAUAACUUGCGAAAAUACUCGCGCGACUAGAAUUUUUUUCUGUGGGCACCUCGUUUUCCUUUACCAAGACCUUAAAUUGAUAUUUACGAGACUAUUGUAAAUAAUACUUACAUUCAAUUUAAAGUAGUAUCCUCACGUCUUUUACAGAGGCCAGCCUGAAAGAUCCAAAUACCUCCUGCCAGGAAAAUCAAUUCGUGAUGAAUAUCACAAAUGUAUUUGGAACUAACUUGUACUGUGGUAAGAAAUAGAAUGGCUGUCUAGUCGUCCAUCGCUUGUUUUUGUCGGGGUCUUAUAAGAAAGCGAAUCUUUAUAUCUUUAAAGGGUCUUUAUGCUUUUUGCAAAAUAAAUCUCAUUGGCUCCGUUCAGUGUUUGACUUCUAAAGACAGAAGGAACUCUCAGUACAUAUUGAUUUAGCCAAGCCUAAUAGCGGAGCCUCCGUUUCCUUCACUAAGAUUUUGCCUGCAAACAAAAAACUUUAAACCACAGGAAAGUGUUGCACAUAAGCUUUCAUUUAAGUAUACAGUCAUAAUCACACUUAAGACAUUUCAUACAGGGAAUUAGUAGCUGGGGAGAUCUUAAACUACACGGAAGAACUGCUCAAGAAUAUUUCAGAUCGAUAAAUUGGUCUAAGGGCCUGUUUACAUGGAGGUGGGGGAUCCCAAGUAGGUGAGGUAACCCGCUUAGGUGGGGUAACCCGCCUGUCCAAAUAAUCUCUCAUUUUAAUGUGAUCACGUUUACAUGUUAGGUGGGGUAACUUGACACAUGUUACCUCACCUAUCCGGGUUCCCCCACCUUCAUGUAAAUAGCCCCUAAUAUCGACACAUUCCAUAGCUAAAUGUCCCACCGGGGCAUACAAAUCCUCCAUUACCGACUGCAACCCUUGUCCUGCGGGAUCCUAUAAUGACCAGCAAGGACAACUGCAAUGCACUCUUUGUCCCACGGGAACUUCGUCUCUACCUGGAGCCAAGUCAGCCUUGGAUUGUAAAGGUAGGUUUCACUUUGCUCCUCCAAGUUAUCCUAUUAGUUGACGUCGCUAAAUUAAGGAGUUCUGUUAUUUCUUUUGUAUAAUGAGUUUUAGCUUCGCAGUACAUGUUUGGAAUAUACGAGCAAGAGAAAUUAAAUAAUGUUUGUGCUCUUUAGGUAGUAAAGGCUGCGAUGUCAUAGCUUUAAAGUUUAAAGUAGAGGUCAGGUGAAGCAUGACGAGCAUAGAGAUAAAACGUCAUAAUCAUCACAAAAUAACUCAAUUUCCGAAAAAAGUGAAAUUUACCUUCUUUCCUUAUGACACUUUGUGUAAAACGUUUUGCACUUAAAAUAAACGAGAAGGGAAAAAGAAAAUGUUAUUUCCUUUCCUUUCUUUUUGUGCAACCUUUUCUUAAACCUUUUUUUCACAAGUAUCCCCGAAACCAAGUGCUAUGCGUUAUUAGCAUGAAUAGAAAAUACUUAAUUUCAUUUCGGUUAGUAAACAGAGAACGGCGCUUUCAGCUGCUUCUAGCAAAAGUUUUUUUCUAGGAGCUAUGGUUCUGCCAACUUAAUAUCACGAUGUACAAGGUAUGUUCCUAUUUCACGUGUCAUCUAUAUCGUGGCUCAUCUUUCUUCUUAGCCCCAUGCACUGCUGGUCAGUUCUCUAAGACUGGACUGGGACCGAAUUGUCAGUAUUGCCCACGUGAUAGCUAUCAGGACAAAGUCCAACAAAAGAGCUGCACGCCAUGUCCUAAUGAUACUCAUACUCUCUCACUGGGCGCCAAAUCACUGGCUGAAUGUGGAGGUUAGUAGUACAACGAGCUGUCAAGAACCAUGUAGGGCAGUUCUCAGUUUGUAACACUGUUUGAAAUCUACUGGAGUCAACAUGACCCAGUAAAUGUCAUUUUUGUUGACCGACAGGCUGUUUGCAUGAAUUGGUGGGGUCUUUUCACCAUAAUUAUAACGUUACACAAAGUACCACGAAUUUAUUUAACUCUGCAUUAGAGCUGAUAAGAUCAGUCUUAUCCGGUUCUGUUUUCAGCGAGGCCCAAAGUGAACCGAAUGGUACCAGUGGUAGCUAACAUAAAAGAAGGCGAAAGUGUGUCAGUAGUUUGUUACGCUAGUGGAACCCCAACACCCAGCUACUUCUGGAAAUUCUUGAAAAACAUACCGGGUAAGUUUCUCACUCGGUAUUGAGAGCGGAAAUGUUUCCGUGACGGCUUUGGGCGAUUUCACACGCCGCACCUUCAAGGCCGCUUACAGGGCCAUGAUCACAGGAUUGCUUGAGAGAACGCAAUAAAAAGCAAAACAAAAGAAGUGCAGUAUACGGGGGUCCAAUGAAAUUACAGAGCUGUGACUCUUCUGACGGCUUUAUCUUCCUCUGAUUGCAGAGGACUUUGCUUUAUAAUUGAAGGUCAGUUUAGGCACAGGUCAAAAGAGAGCAAACGUGCCUUUGUGGUUAUUUCUGUAUUAUCUGAGUAGCUUAUUAGAAAAUAAAAAAAGUUUCUAAUUAACAAAUCGACAGCAAUUUUCCAUAGUCAGUGUACUCUUAUCGAUCAUAGACUUGGUUUUGCAGUGAAACCACGAGCGGGUGGCGAGUGGUUCCACUUGAGUUCUGAACAUUUUGACGUCAUUUUCUAUGGUCGAUAAGAGUACAGAUCAUGGAAAACUGUUGUCAAUUUGUUUUUAAUUACAACAACAUUGACAGUCGGUAUAUCCAUUUCCGUUUAAAUUUCUCGGAAAGUCGCGCGCUCGAGGAAAAAAGAGGGAAAAAAACCCGGAUAGCCCCACCAUCACGUCAUUUCCACGGUCUGUACUCUUAUCGAACUUAGCUCUCCACCAAUCUGCGCGAGAGAAAUCACGCGAUUGUUUGAAAAAAAAAAAGAUUUUUAGACCAGCCUCGUUCCCAGGGUCCCUCUGCUUCCCGUCGCUCCAGGAGACGGAAAGGAGAGAGUCUGAGAAAGAGGUUGUUUUGGGAGAUUUAAAAAAACGUUUUCCAACAAAGUGCAAUCAUGAAAGGUUAUGUAAAUAUGAAAGUGAAUAUUGUUAUCUGUUGGGAAUAAAAUACGGAAAUAAAUAAAAGCAUGGAGAAAGAAACUGCCGAGCAAAAUAAAACGCCGAAAUCUAUCAAAAUUUAUCCUGAAUUCAUUUUUAUCAUGUUUAAAGCUGCUGGUGUGAUUGCAAAAGAAAUUCAUAGUGAUAAACAUUCUGGGUGGCUGUUCUAAUCAUAUUUCAUUUCAUUGAAGCGAGUUUCCUUGGUAGCAUGUCCCAGACCAGCAUUAAAGACGGCAUUGGUGUGGUGAUUGGUUCAAAGCUGACUAUCACUGGUGCUACGUAUGAGAACUCGGGUUUAUACGAGUGCCGUGUUUCGAAUACGCAUGGAGAGCACACAGCACUUGCUCAGGUUAAUGUAGCAAAAGUGAUUGACAUAGGCUCUGGCUUGGACGAACCGCUUUAA